AUGCGAGGAUCUAACAACAAUGACGACGUCGGCCCCACAGGACUAGGAAAGAGUCGCUUGCGCAUGCUGUGGUCUCGAGGGUUGUUGUAUGUGGUGACCACGGACCAUUUGUUCAAGAAGGCUCUGACUGACAGCUGUUGUGAUGCAAUCAAGCUUUGUGGCGCUCUUGGUGACGUUGAACAGGGGGUCAUCCCUGACAUCGCUUUUCUCUUGAUUCUCCGCAUCCAAUCCUUUGUCAUCCUAUCGUGCUCUGUUCUAUCGAGACACGACUCGGUGGAAAGUCUAGAAGCAGAGUAUGCUCCGGCCUGCACCACCCGGAACUUCUACCACGUCCUCCUUUCUAAGCAAUCUUUCAUACUCUACGGCUUUGGCUUCAGCUACUCAUUGUCGGCAGCCUUGCGACAUGACAACUUCAAAUCCUCCGAGCCACCAAUCGAUAAGGCCCAGACAAUAUCCCUUGCUCGACUUCUUUCGGCCGUACCCAGCACCUUAUCUCCCAUUGGCUCGUCUAUAUUCAAGUCCUUCGCCUCACGAUGGGAGCACGAAGCUAAACUAUGGGAUCUAGGGUCAGAAGAUGGGGCACCCAGGCUUUGUCUGGGCAAGGGGCUAAGUCGGACGACCUCCGGGGACGAUGGGAGAAGGCGCUGGGCUGUUACGUCUUUCUGGAAUGUGCUAGGAUCUGUUGCCAUUGAACCGAAAUUCGAUGGCCGCAAUGUUCGACCGCUAGCUGGUGCUUUGAUAUAUUUCUAUUCAUACCUGAACCCGCUUACUGAAAUGCGUGUGAAAGGAUUCUGUUCGUCAGCUCAGUUUUAUCGUACCCACAGCUGUCGCGUCCUAUCCGUCUGUCUCGCAAUCCACGUACCGUACGUAUUCUACAGGAAAUCCCGAAUAUCCUCUUCCCAGUUAACCUCAAGCACAACCGUUCUGUUCGCUUCGUCCCGCUCCGCCCCCACGGAAGCAACGCUCGGGAGAACCCCUCAAAAUCAACCAACCCAAAUUCAGGACAAGGAGUACCCAUAUCGGCCGUAAGCACCCCGAGAACUUUCCGCUUCUUAUAUCUAUGUAUCUAUCUCCUUUCCCCACUUUUCGGCUUAGGAAAUUGAGAUCCUGUAAACAUCCUUCCCAGUUGCUGGAAGACUCUCCACUGUUUUCGUUUAGUUGGAGUUUGUAGCAAGCAAAAGAGAGGGGGCGGGGGGGAAACUCUCACGGCCGUAGUGGGUGAAGAACGUUUGCUCGGUUUAGCGUUGCGAAUUUGAAUCUGGCUUAUACCGUUGUCUAUUUGGCGUACGAAUAGCUGUCUACUCUAGUGCAUAUUUCUUGGUACAUGAGAUGGUGUAGGGGGAAAAUUGCUUCAUAUCAACCUUCUUCUUUAUUUUAGUAACAAAUUUCAUAGAUCAAGCCCUCUCCUAUUUUCCGUAGG